AUGUCUAUCAUCAAUUAUUCCCUUCUUGAAGAUUUUCUUGAUAAAGGCACUGAAGAUAUUGAUCAGAUUCAGCUGUGGUACGAGAGAUUGGCUGAGUAUGAACUCGAUGGUAAAGAGAGCGGCCGCGAGCUGGAGGUGCUCUUUUCCGCGAUGAAACACGUCGCUCAUUUCUCAUUCACCGCCGCCGAAGAGUUGAAGGAAGUCGCUGAGGGAGAGGCGAUCGCGAUGGCUGAACGAGAGGCCCAAUGGGAAGAGCAACGAUUGCAGAUGAAGGAAGAAAUCGAGGACUUGCGCGAGAAGAUCGCCGGCGGAGCCGAGGGUUUCAGCGAGGGAUUCGAUGCACUCCGGGCACAAAUCGACACAUUAAAGGAAGAGAAUCGCCAACUCCAACAGGACAGCCGAGAUCGAGACAGAGAGAUCGCUGAUCAAAGGGAUCGUUUCGAGAAUAUUGUGGCGAGGACGGAGGCUUUGCAGAGAGAACGGGACACAUUAUUGUACAAUAGAGCCCAAAUGGAGGACACAAUACGGGAAAUGAACCGCCGAAUCUCAUCAAAAAACGAAGAGAGAGGUGACUGGGAAACGAAGAAAUUGAGGCAAAGAAACGAGCAAGCCGCGCAAUUGUCCGACCAAAUUCAUGUAAUCGUUACUCAAAACGAAGAACUCCGAGAGGAAAUCACUCGCGUGUCAGCCGCUUUGGAGCAAGCAACAAGACUCAUCGAGGACACUGGCAAAAAAUACUCAACUCUGAGCGAUAACUAUGAAGCUGCAAAAGAACGAAUCAUCAUUCUAAUGAAAGAAAUCGACUUGCUAAAUGGACAGAUCGAUGACAAAGAGGCCGUACUUUCCGAGUACACAAAUCAGGCUCAUGAAAAAGGAUCUUUCUUUGAGAACACUUUGGACAAGAAAAACACGGAGAUUUUCGAGUUGAACAAAAAACUCGAGACGGCAUUAGGAGAGAUACAGCAACUUCGUUUACACAUUCGAACCGAUACUACCGCUGAGAAAGAGCGAGAAUUGGAGAAAUUGAGGGACGAGCUUGUCGCCGCGACGAAAAUGGCUCGUUCCCUUUUCGGUACCGAUGUUGAGAGUAGCGAUGAUCCGACAAUACAACUACGUUUACACAUCAUCCAACUUGAGAAGAACCUUGAGGAGAUGAGAAGCGAGCUUGAAACCACGAAAGUCGACCUCUCGAGAACGACAAGUUUGGUGGAAGGAAAAGACUCGGCAUUCGCCGAUUUAUCCGCUCAACAUCAGAGAUUGCAAGAAUUGAAACUCGGCGACUCGCUUUCGGAAGUUCGCCGCCUUGAGACACAGCUGCGAUUUCGGGAUGAGCAAUUGGAGAAAUUGACGAGGCAUUGCACAAUGCUACAGGUUGAACUGGGUCAAAAAGCAAAAGAGUAUCGCGAGCGAGCCGCCUUUCGCCUUCUCGAUUCAUCCCGCGGCGAUCUCGAGUCACAAGCGAUUCUCAUCGCUACUCUUUAUGAAGAAAUGAUGCAGCUAUUAUUGGAGCUCGAUAAGAAAGACGAACUCUUGUCAACUCUCUCAAAAGGAUCCCUCGAAGCGCAAAAAGCUCUGGAAGUGAUGUGCGAGAGGUUGAGAUUAGCUCACAUUCAAAUCGAAGCACUUGAGAGGGAGAAACUUGAGGAGAACAACGGCGAUGAAAGAGAACUCGGGGAAGCGGCUAAAAUCGAGAUUCAGAAUGCUCUUCGAGCCAUUGAAAUUGGCGGUGAUGAGUUGGAGAGACGAAUGGCGGAAACGUCAAGAAAAAUGGUGUCUGAAAGGGUACGAGCGAGGAGAGCAGAAAGAGCAUAUAAUAGAUUUAAGAGGAAAUUUCAACGAUCCGAAGAACAAACAAUCAAACUCAAAUCAAGAUUGAUCACCGAGAAAAGUCGGCUUGAAAAACAAUUGGCUCAACUACAGUAUGAUUUGGAUCUCUCAUCAAUCGAAACAGCUCGUUUAAUGGAGAAACUCUUGCACAGUGUCUCGAUGGGAGAAUACGAGGAAUUGAGAGGGAAAUACGAGCAUUUAACCAAGAACACGGCUUUCGGGGGGAAUUCGGUGAAUUCGAUGAAUUCCCAAGUACAAAAUCAAUCGGAUCCCCUAAAAAUCUCUCUGAUGACCGCUCAUCAAAAAGAGGACUACGAUGAGUUGGUGGCGAGGAAUGCGUACUUAAAAAAAAUGCUUGAGAUUCUCACCGAUCAAAACGAGUUUUGGAGCCGGGAGUGUGACAUUUUGCAGAUGGAAAAUGAAGAGAUCAAGCAUUUCUUGGAAGAUAUCGAAAAUCGGAGUGAUUUACGAGAGGUUUUGGGAGAAAUCGAGCGUCGACUCUUGCAAACGAUUCGAGAACAAGCCGAAGAGGCUCUUGAAAAAGAUGUGAAUAAGAGAAAUUCGACUGAUCUCAAUAAUCGUUAUGAGAAAGCGAAAAGUCAAUGGAGUGCCCAGAAGCGACAUCUCUUCCAUGUCAUCCAAAUGCUUCAAUCUACAUUGCAGAGAGAUCGACAAACUCGUGUUGAUGGUUUAACCCUCCAACAAAUCGAGAUUUUUCAAUCGAAACUCGCCGAUUUGAUAAUUCGCGAUGAUGAGCUCAAAACGAAGAGCAAUGAGGUGGAACAAAUCCGGCUCGAUGUUGAGAAACAGUUGCGCUCGUUGGAAGCCGGUUCGCGAGCACAAGAGAUUAUUGAGAAUGAAAACGGUGAGCCAAUCAGAAUCGAGCGAGCCCUUACUGGGGUGCUUCUCGAGGCGGCCCAGUUGAGAGAUCAAGAGAGAAUCGCUCAAAGCACGAUUCAAAAGCUUGAGGCAACUCUCCUGAAGAAAGAGGCUGAAUACGAGGAGAUCAAGAAAAUCAAUCAAGAAUUGGUUGAUGGAUUGAUCAAAUGGGAUGCAUGGAAAGAGAUGAGUCGAGGAUCGUUCAAUGGGAAAUCACAGAAAGGAAAAGAUGGAGGGAAACGCGUGGAAAUGGAGAUUGAAGAGAAUGCUGACGGCAUGCUUGACUACCCCGAAGACUAUGAGAGUGAAACAACGACAGAUAGUGGAGCCGAUAGUGAGGAAGGACGAUCGCAAAAGAUUGUUGUGCGCACGAUCGUUCGCGACAAUCGAAAGCACUUUGAGGAACAAAUCGCGAAAAUGAAAAAGGCUACCGAGAUUUGCAUACAAACUUACAAGGAACAAUUGGCGCAACGAGACGAAACGGUGACGCGCUACAAGACGAUGCUGCAGGCAAAGAUCGAUGAGCCGCCAAAAGAGGUUAUCAAGGAAAUCGAAGUGGUGAAAGAGGUUCAAAUUGGAGACGAAAAUCUGGAGAAAGAAAGAGAUCACGCUGUCUCGGAGGCGAUCCACUUGAAGACAUUGGUCGAAGAGCUCGAGCAAGCAAAUCUGAUACUGGCCAGGGAGAGGACCGGUCGACGGACACAUGUGGCUAGUACCUCACAACAAACCGAUUCGAUUUUGGAACAAAAAAACGAACCCAAAGGAGAAACAACGCCAAAUUUGGAGCCAAAUCGAAAUGUGAACACUGUAAAAGAAACAAUUGAUGACUUUGGUGAGCGAGAAUUCACCGAUCCUACUCUGCCGCUCAAAAAUGAGAUCCGAACGCUGAAGGAACGAUUGCGCAGGUUGACCACAGCGAAUAAGGAUUUGCUGGCGACUUGCGAGAAGAUCAGAGAUGACGCGAUACAGGAGAUCGAGUCGAAAAGGAAUCGACAAGCGGCUGGGGACGAUGCUGAGGUUCAAAGAUUACGUGUUGAAACGGAAAGAUUACGACGAGAAGUCCGACAACUGCAACGAACGGUGGCUCAGCAAAAUGAGAUGAUAAGAAACACAAAGAGUUCAGAAGAACGAAAAGUGGCUACGGAAGAGGUGGCAAAAUGGCACGAGAAGAAACGAGCUGAGCAAUCGAUCGAGUUUUUGAAGAAAAAGCUAAAGGAAACAAGCGACCGCGAAGGAGAUCUCAAACAAGAGCUUGCAAAACUCGAAAGGAGAAUCGAUGAGAUGAAAAGAGAUGAAAGCACAAGACAAAACGACGUAGAGAGAUUAGAAAGGAGAUUACGAGAAAGUCGAAGUGCAAAGGAUGCGGCCGAGCAUCAACUUCAGCAAAUUGAGCUGUUAAAGGCUCGAAUUGGAUCACUUGAACAACAAUUAGCGAAAGUGAAUCGGGAAAAUGAAAUUCUGGCUGCCGAAGUGCACAAAGAGCAAACGAGGAACGCGCAAUUACAGGAGAACCCUCGAAAAUCGUCGAGAGUGAUGGAGGUGUUCGAGUCGGAAACGCAAACAAGUCCACCAAAGAGAACACCAGUUAAUGCUGAGGAUGUGGUUAGUGCGGCUCUUCCGCCAAUCGUUGGAAACGGACGAAAGAAUGGAGCAAGCAAUUCCCUAUCUGCAAUCUCAAAAGAGAAAUCCAAUGGAUUUAAUCGUCAAAAUGACGAAGCUUUGGCGGAAUUGAGGAAAAAGUUGAGAUUGGCUGAGAUCCGCUAUGAGGAAACGGUGGAGAGAUUGACAGCGAUAGAGCGGGAAUACGAGAUACUCAAUAAGGAGCACGGUCGCGUGGUAAAACGGUGGAACGCCCGGGAAACUGGCACGCAUCCAAGUGCUGCCGUCGCCGUGCUCAGCGACAAACUCCAAGCGAAAGAUCGGGAGAUCGCGAAUUUGAAAACCCGAAUUGGUCACCUCGAACGACAGAUCUCCGAA